AUGCAGACAACUUUCCAACGCACCGCUUUACCAACCGAACAAAAGCCAUCAAAGACUCAUAAUAGAAAGAAACAUCGGCGCCGUACUCUGCUCGUUCUUGUUGGUUACGAUUGUUGGCUCGUUUGCACUGAUGCAUGUAUCACUCACUCUCCUGUUUUCUUCGCCAAACUUUACACGAUUGACAUUUCAAUGGUAAGUCAACUAUCUAGUUUUUAA